UGGACGUCACCUUGAGGAGAUCGACCUACACAGUGUGGCAAAUUCAGUCUGUACCCAAUGUCUACCUAUGAUCGGUUUUUUGCUAGAAGCUUGGCUAAAUACACAAACCCACAAGUCGUGCGCAGAGAUGUUACUUCUGCGUUGGAGGCGUAUAAGGAGCUACGUCCUAAAUUUGAGGAUUUCAUCCACAAUGAUGGAACCACUAGAAAACUCGUGAGCCUAGACGGCACUAUACCAGUCCGCUAUAUGGGCUCCACGUAUAACAUUCCGAUUGCUAUAUUUCUGUUUGAAGUCUAUCCAAACAAGUCCCCCAUGGUGUAUGUAAGACCUACAAACACUAUGCAGAUUAAACCAAGUGACUUCGUUGACAGUGCUGGCCUUGUUCAACUACCAUAUAUGACGGACUGGAAGCAUCCCGACACAGAUCUUAUUGGAUUGAUAUCAGUACUGCAAAUUGUAUUCGGUGAGAAGUCUCCUGUAUUUUCUAAAUCUGCUCCUCUGUCGAAACGACAAAGCUCAAACGCCCAGUUGAACCCUAACGCAUUUCUUGGUUCAAUGGCUUAUCCAGGUGCUUUACCACAACCUCCAAUCCCUGUUGCAACAAAUGGUAAAAGUUCAAAUAUGUAUUUACCACAAAUUGGUGCUGGUUGGCAAAUACCCGGUCCUGUACCGCCUGUCGCUUCUAUGCCUAUGCCUCAGUUGCCGAAUUUCGCUAGUCCUUUUACACAGACCUCAAAUCCAAAUAUAUAUCCUAUGCCUGGGCAAAGUGUACCAUUGCCGCCGAUAGGUCAAGAUCAUUCUACACCACCAGUCAAUAUACCGUAUAAUUCUGGCACGCUUAAUGAAGAACAACUAAGAGUAUCUUUAUUAACUGCUGUUGUAGAUCAAGUUCGUAGAGUACAAAAAGAAUUGAUCUAUCAGCAUCAAGAUGAUUUACAGGCUAUACGUCAAACACAGACAGGUCUAUUCUCCGGUGGUCAAAAAGUUCAAGAAAUGAUCAAUAAAAUGCAACAUGAAAAAGAACGUGUGAAUGCAGAGAUUGAGUCAUUGAAAAGAAAAACUAAAGAUUUAGAAGAGACAUCAGAGAAAUUACGAAAAUCUGAUUGCAGCUUUGUUGUCGAUGAAGCUGUGGAUACAACUGCACCACUCUAUCGUCAAUUGGUGGUUUCAUUCGCUGAAGAGCAAGCAAUUGAAGAUGCAAUUUACUAUCUUGGUGAAGCAAUGGGUAAAAAUGUAUUGGAUGUAGAAGUAUACUUGAAGAAAGUACGCGAAUUAUCCCGUAGACAGUUUAUGCUGCGUGCUACUGUUCAGAAAUGUCGUGAGAAAGCAGGUCUACCGUUGUUUUGAGUACUGGAUUUAAUUAAUACUGCGGCAAGGGGGGGUGUAUUUUUCCACGCUUACUCUUUACCUCCCUCCCUCCAUCUAUCUCUCUGUCCGUGAAACUCUGAUGUGUUCCCAACCCCUAACCCACUCUACUACUCCUCUCCUUACACCCACUGAUCUCUACUUUCCCUUAUAUUGGUCUAAACAAAAAAUCGCCGGGUUUUUUUUCCAAAGUAGUCAAAAUAAAUUGUAUUGUUGUUGUAUUGCAAAAAAGAAGCUAAACUGUACACACACACACAGAUACGCAUAUAUAUAUAUAUAUAUAUAUAUA